AAAGUCCAUGGUGACAUGUGCACUCGUGUUUAGUAUUCAAUUUCACGAUUAAUCAUGCAUCAAUAACAAUCAAAAAUGUAUCUUGAGAUACUCACCUAUAUCACAUAUUUACAACAACCUUUGAUGGGAUUCCCUAACCGAUGUAUCCUUGAAACCCUUGAAAUUCAUAUGAGGAAGUAAUGAGAAUUUUACUGCAACCUACUUCCUGGUUGAAAGUUCCCAAAAAGGUCAGUUGCAGAAUCAAGCUCUGCGCAAUUACACUAUUUCACUUUUCACUUAUUUACAAUAAUGUGAAACCUAAAUACGUUUUAAAUGCUAUAGGUAUAACACCUAACGAUCUAUGUAUCAGUCUGUGAUGGUAUUUGUGGCACAUGUAGUUGUAUAUUGAAAAUAAUAUCACUUAUGUUGCAUUACCAAAAUGACUUCCUCUCAGCAAACCCAUGUGACGUCAUCCAACAUGUCUGAAAUCAAAACAGAGAGCGCAAAUAAACAAGACAUAACCGGUGAAAAAGAUUCCAAGGGAUUUGUCUUUGGAGAGAAUAUGUCUGACAGAGCAUUCAGGAAGCCAGGAGAUGAGCCUGUCCCUGACACAAAUGGUUCAACCGAGGUUGUUGAAGGCUCUGACGGUGUAAGUGACAGCGUAGUGACAGCGCCUAGCAACAAAUCUCCUACCAGCACAACAAAUCCAGCUCCACAGUCUACAGGAGGAGGAGGAGGGUUUGGAAUCCUUGCACCUUCUAAAGUGAACCCAAAUCCCUUUGCAGUGAAGGCCCCUACUGCACAGAGUAUGUCGAGUCCUUAUGGGUCAGAUUCUGAAGAGGAGAAGAAAGAUCGACCAAUUGUGGCACCAAGUACCCUUGGAAGUGGUAUGCCAUCUAUAGUCGUGACAAGUACUGGAGCAGAUACGACAACAUCAGAGGCAAAUUCUUCCAUCUUCAAACUCAAACCAUCUGGUCUAAGCUCUACGGCUGAUCAACUGGAAGCAAAACGAAAGACAGGCUUUCAACUUAGACCCUCAACACUAAAAGGACCCGCAAUAGUUGGUUCUCUGGGGGAUAGUGGUGAUAAGAAAUCACCCGAAGUUUCAAGUUCUACAGACAAGGCAGCUAACAAUGAGGAGGAAGUUAAUAAGCGACUGUUUGGAGAUGUAGGGGAUUCUGGGAACACUGGUCUCUCAGAUAGUACCAGCAGCUUCAAAAGCACAGAAUCUGGCAAGUUUUUAUUUGGGCAAAAUAUGGAGGACAGAGUUUCAAGUGACCUGUCUGCCUCCAAUAGUGGCUCUGGAUUCGUGUUUGGAGAAAAAUUAUCUGAACGUGUUAUAGCUGAUAAAGAUCCCAAAGAUUCUGAAACUGGUGAAAAAGCCUCAUCCCCAACAUCUAAAAGUCCAACUGGUAAAACACUAGAGGAAUCUGCUAAGGAGUAUGAGGCAAGACAAGUAAAGCCAGAAUACCAAAAGGUUCAGGUCAGAACAGGAGAGGAGGAAGAAUCUAAUGUAUUACAGGCUUCAGUGAAGCUGUUUAUAUUUGAUAAAGACACCCAGAACUGGCAAGAGAAAGGACGAGGUCUUAUUAGGCUCAAUGAUAUUCCUGCUAAUGAAACUAGAGAUUUCCAAUCAAGAUUAGUAAUGCGAACUCAGGGUACUCUAUGUGUUAUUCUCAACACAAACCUGUGGCCAGGUAUGAUGGUGGAAAAAGCCAGUGUAAAGAGCGUCAAGAUAACGGCUAUUGUGGAUGGCGAAGUUAGAAUAUUUUUAAUCAUGACAAGUCACAAAGAUGCAGACCAGUUAUUCCAGGCCAUUGAUUGGCGGGUCAAGCAGCUGAAGACGUCCACCACAUCCACCAACAGUGCUGACACAACCCCACCCCUAGACAAUAAAGACACCAUCAGUGCUGGAGAGAAACGUGUUCUUGAAUCACCUGAGCCAGACUCCCCACCGAAAAAAUUGAGAAGAGAAUCUGAUGGUGACAUCCCUGUGAAACAUAGCGAGGUGGACUCUUCCAAUAGUAGUGGAACUAUUGACCCUGAGACUGAAGCAUCUGGUGGGGAGAGUAUAUCGUCAUCGCCAACAAUAAAAUCGACAUCACCAGAAUCCCAGCAAUAACACAGGCUGAGAGAGACAUCUAUUGUAGGAAAUAAGGUAGAUUAGGAUUCAGUCUGCACACCAGAGUAUUGGUAUCUGAUGCAGUGCACAGAGGCAAAAUGUGGCGCAGUCUGGUGCACAUUGGCAUAAUAUGCCACUCAUGUUGAUUCAGGAAAUGACACUGUUGACAAUACAGUGUUAUAAACAAAUCAGUAUUGGCAAAGAAAUACAGUUCAGCAAGUAUCACUUGGAACUUUGCUUGAAUUUGCGACUUUAUUGAAGAAAACUACACUUUUGCUGUCUAAUGCCUAGAAGUAUGUUAACUGAAUAAUCAGUGACUGGUGUUUUAAAAGGGCAUUACUAGUACUGAAGAAAGGUAGAAAGUGUUGAAGUCAGAUGGACAAUUAUGAAUUACAUCUUAGAAUACAGGCAUAAAUCCUACCAAUUAUUAGCAUACAGGAGUACAUCUUAUCAAUAGGAUACAGGAGUACUAGUACAUGAAAUCUAUAUGAAGUUCUUUGCCAUAGAAGUGCUUUCCAUUUCUAAAUAUAGGGCAACUGUACAAGCAUUACAUAUUUUUCCUUCCUGCAAUGAUCAUUCUGAAAUUAAAUCCCAAAAGUUUUAAUCUGAUUGGGCAGUCAAAGAUCUCAACAGCCAAUAAAAACAUUUCACUAAAAGCAUCCCAAAGUUAAAAUCUGAUCGGUCAUUCUUAGAUUUCAAUAGCCAAUAAGAACAUUGAAUAAAAAGCAUACAUUUAAAAGACAAUUGUAUAUUUCAAAAUCAAUGUUUUGGUUGUUGUUAAUUACCCUUGGUUAUGGUUAGUUAUUACUGUUUUAAAAUCAACUGCACAGUUUAUGAAGUAUAUAUAAGGUUUAUGUACUGGGAGGUGUUGGAUAUGAUAUAUAUUCCCAGGUGAUAUCUAUCCCAAACCAACUCAAGUAUGAGAUGCAAUAAUAUAUACUACCUGUGUUCUCCCCGA